CGUCCGACGAAUUCCUUCCCGUAGGUUGUGCACAACCUCAUCCACGAUGCCCGACACGAGACGAAACGAUAUCAUCACUACCAAGCAUGGGACGGCGUUUUUCCAACCUUAGCGUUUGCUUUUUUAUCUCCUAUCAUUUUCCUACUUUGAUACCUCAUGUUUUAGCGAGCGUUUUUUUUCUCAUUACACAUUUUUUUCCUUUCCCAUUGUCACGCAUCACGACGACGGCCCGAGGCCCUCCUCUUCUUUAUAUUUUUUCCUUUUUAUUUGUUACAAGCAUCUCUGGGAGGUUCGCAUGUCAGCAUUAUCAAACGGAAAGAUACAGACAGCCUCGCGGCUACGAGGCAGGCAGGUACACUCGGUUGGGAAUAUUUUGUUUUUUUAAUGUCGUUUUCUUUGGGGGAUAUGCGGGUUCUUCGUCUUCUUCUACGGACGCCCCAGCGGCUUUUCCUUACGAUGAGAUGUGAGCACACGCUAUUCCACAACCGCUGCUCAGACUGGUAUUGAGUGCCAGCUGGACUACGCUGAGUCUGCGGGCGACAAAAGUUAUACACGCCACAUCUGCGAUGUUGGUGUCAUAGCUCUGCCCUGCGCGGAAGGAUGACGGGGUUUGACGGGGUGGUGGUGGGA